CGUGCUGCCGCAUUGCCGUGCCGUACCGAGCCGCUCGCCGUCCCGCAUACUCAAUCACAGUCUCAGUGAGGACAAAAAGUACCAGGGGGCAGCCCGAAAGCCGAAAAGCGGCCCCGUUUGAGGCACAGCACCCACCACAGGACCCUAGCCCAGACCGGGACCUGGAACGCCCCGACGACGCGCCAGAACCGUAGAAACACGCAAAAAUGGCCCGCCCCCUCACUACACUCCUCGCCCUCGCCACAUCCACGAAUGCGCACUUCGUCUGGCUCUCGGCCAACGGCCACGGCGAGGCGGUCGCCGAGUUCAACGAGCCCGGGCGCCUCACGGACCCGCACCUGCUGGGCAAGCUGUACAACAUGACCCGGGGCCAGGUCCACACGAUGGACGGGACGACGGCGGACCUCCACUUCAUGACGCGCGGCGCCGGCGACGGCUACCACUGCGCGGCCGAGGUUUAUGCACCUUUACCAGCCCAGGGGUCGAUGGCCGUCGAGGCCCAGGCGACGUACGGGCUCUACGCCGUCGGCACGGACGAGGGCGGCACGGGCGAGAUGGAUUUAUUACAGUACUGGGCUGUGUGGAAAUCAAAUUUACGGCGCGGUUCGUCCUGAAUCGCCGCGUCGACCUCCACGCUAUCGACGCGACACCUGCUCGAUGGCGUGGCGAUGUCGGUUCCUCAUCGCUCGGCGGAGCCAGCGCGGCCACGUCAUCGCCGAGAAAUUACUUAUGCACCCGACGCACUUGUUGAUUUCCACACAGGUACUGGGCGACGGCCGUUCAUCCUGGUAGCGAUGCUAGCUUGGAUCAGUGGAGUCUGGUAGAAGAGGCGUUCACGAACGACUUCGAAGUUACGCUGCGGGAUCCGCAAGGCGCCGCGUGGGCCACGGUGGCCCCGUCCGUCGACGUGAGCAAUCCGAAUAACGAGUGCGAGCCGGACGCGGCGACGCACGAGAGCGGAGACACGUGCGUCGUGGCCGUCGUGCGCUGGAAGGGCCAGAGGGCGACGUUCGACGUGACGGUGUCGACGUACGACCACACGGGCGCGAAGUUGCGGGAUUCGAUCGCCGAAGACGGCGUGGUCGUCGUGAGAGCGCCCGCGGACGCCCAGACCUACGCCCUCGUGCACCACGCCGAAGAAAAGCCGGGCACGACGGAGAGCGGAGAGAGCUACGACGUCGUCAACCACUACGCCACCACGACUUUCGCCAACGCCGUGCACUGCCACGGCGGCAGCUGCCACACGCACGCGGGCGCGUACGCGGGCCCGCACGGCGGCAUGCACGGCGGCGGCAUGCACGGCGGCUACGGCGGCAUGGGGUCGACGUCCGAGCGCAAGGCCGACGGCGACCACGCCGGCAACACGGGCAUGCUCUUCUUCUUCUCGCUCUUUUCGGCGUGUCUCGGCGGGGCGAUUGGAUUCGUGCUCGGCGCGCGCCGAACGGAACAGGGCUUCCGCCUCAUGUUCUGGCGCCGCGGCGACGCGCGCUUCGACCUGCAGGGGUCGUCAAAACCACAACUGAGCGAGGUCAUCUAG